AUGGAAUUUCCGAAAAAUGAAGAGUCAAAAAUUGUGAAGAAUAUAUUCCUGUGGUCUGCACCGCGAUGUUUGACUACAGCAUUUUCAUGUGCAAUAAUGAAUCUCAAAGGUGGAAAAUGUCUGGCCGAGUCGUACGCAGAUGCAUAUCAUUUCGGAUCACAGAGGAAAAGUGAUCGUUACCCGAACGAUCCAGUUAAGCCUAAUGCUACUUUUGAAGAAGUAAGUAAAGGUCUUGCAGAAUAUGAGGGUGAGAAUUUCAUUUUCUGCAAAGAAAUAGCUUAUCAUUUGGAAUCGAAGGUUAUUUUGAUGUGCUACGCCAGCAAGGUCUUAGAGAAUAUAAACAUUCAUUCUUGAUCAGAAAUCCUAAUAAAUCUAUCCCUUCUCUCUAUCGUGUUGCAACUAACACCGAAGUGUCAGGUUGGGACCAUUUUAACCCAGUCGAAGCUGGUUUUCGUCAAUUGCUCGAGUUGUAUGAGUUUGUUGUGAAAGAGUUUGAUAGCUCUCCAGUUAUUAUUGAUGCUGAUGAUCUCCUGGAAUCUCCUGAAGAAAUGAUGAAAAAAUAUUGUGAAGCAACUGGUCUAAUUUAUGAAGAGAAUAUGACAACAUGGGAAAUAGGUUCUGCACCGGAGUUGGGUGCAGCCUCUUCGUUUAACGGAUGGCGUGAAGUUGUCAUCAGAAGUACUGGCCUUGGUAAGGUGCCGAAAAAGAGAACCGAAGAUCACCCAAUUAAAGCAAGUGAUGAAAAAGAAGUUAAUGAUUCAAUCAAUGAUAGCUUGCGAUAUUACAAGGUUUUAUACGAGAAAAGAUUAAAAUUGCCAUCAAAACAGACAAAAGCCCAAUCAUAA